ACUCCUUCUUCUCCAUUCCCCAUUAAAGAAACACUACAAACCUCUCAAACCUCCUCACUAAUAAAACAUAUUUUUCCUCUGCGUUUUUCUGUAAACUCUUUUAAGUUUUAAUCCUCCAUUUCUUUACCUCUCUGCAACUUAAAAUUACAUAAAAUCAUAGCAACCAAAUAUUCAACUCUCUUAAUUACCUGUUUUUUUUUUUCUUUAUUUCUUUGACUCUUGGUUUCUGUUUUCUUUUGUCUUAUUGAAACCUCACUUCUUUAUUUAUUUCAUACAACUUAAAAAAUCAUGGAAUCUGUCAAUAUCUGAGGUUGUCAUCAACUUUAAAACCAGCUUACACCUUGCUAGAUUGCUGUUCUGUUACAUAUUUCUUUAUUGGUAAAGUUGAAAACCUAAAAGCCCACAUCAGAUUUGACCUUUGCUCAAUAAUUGCUCAUCUGGGUCUCUCUCCAUAUGAGCUUCCAAUCUUAAAGGUGCCAGCUUUUUAAUUCUUGGUUUCAUAUUAUCUUUUGGGUUCUUUCAUCUUGAAUUUUUAAAGUUUUUUAUUAGUUAUUACAAGUUCUUGAAUUGCUGUAAUAGUUAUUUGUUCUGUUGGCUUGUUGAUUAGUAGUCUUUGGAAGAACUGUAGGGCUUCAUUUAAAGCAUUUUGUUGGCCAAUUUUCUUGAUUUUUGUAAUGAUGGGUGAUAAAGUAUUGAACUUUUUUAUUUGGGUUCUGCCAAUCUUGAGCUUGGUGUGUUUAUGUAGUGGAUUUACUCCUGUUGAUAACUAUCUUAUUGAUUGUGGAUCAAGCCAAGAGACUGCAGUUGGUAACAACCGUGUGUUCUUGGCUGAUAAUUCCUCUUCAAACUCGAUUUCAACCCCGAAACCCAUUUUUGCCACCACUACGAAAUCGGUCACUUCCGUUGAGAAUUCGCAGCUCUAUCAAACUGCGAGAAUUCUCAACGGGACCUCUAAGUAUACCUUUUCGAUUCGUCAACAGGGUAGACAUUGGAUUCGCCUUUAUUUCUAUCCAUUUGUUUUUGAAAGCUAUGAUAUGAGUAAGGCGAAAUUUGAUGUUUUCACUCAAGAUCAUGGCCUUCUGAACGAUUUUAGUGUUAACACUGAUGUUGUUAAAGAGUUCUCUAUCAGUGUAACCUCGAAAACCCUUGAAAUUACUUUUGCUCCUUCGGCCAAUUCAUUUGCGUUUUUGAAUGCAUUGGAAGUUGUUUCGGCCCCCAAUUCUCUUCUUGCUGGUGAUCCCGCUAUGUUUAAUCCGGUUGGGGAUUUCAAUGGUUUGUCAUGGCAGGCAUUUGAAACUAUUCAUAGGGUAAACAUGGGUGGACCGUUGAUUACCUCUCUCAAUGAUACCCUUGGUCGAACUUGGAUUCCUGAUAAAGAUUUUCUCAUCAAUCAGAAUGGUGCCUCAACAGUAUCGAAUAUUCGUGCUGUCAAGUUCAUAAAUGGUGGAGCGACAUCGGAUAUUGCUCCUAAUUCUGUCUAUGGUACUGCCACCAUGAUGAACUCAUCAGGUGAUCCCACCAGCAAUUUCAAUGUGACCUGGGAUUUUGAUGUUGUGUCAGGGUUUCAGUACUUUGUUCGGUUUCACUUUUGUGAUAUAGUAAGUACAGGUCUUGACCAGCUCUACUUUGAUGUUUAUAUCGAUUCGUGGCUUGUUGCUAAAGAUCUUGAUCCUAGUACAAUAACAAACAAUAUUUUGGCGGGUGCAUUCUAUAGGGAUUAUGUCACAGCAUUAACUGUCGGAAACAAACUUCGUGUGAGUAUUGGUCCGAGCACCGUGCUAAAUAAUUUUCCUAAUGCCAUUUUAAAUGGCCUGGAGAUCAUGAAAUUGAAUAAUUCCUUGGGCAGCCUCAGUGGGGCAACUCCAUUGCCUUCUAAUUCAAGCUCGAAGAAGAAUAUCGGGUUAAUAGUAGGCUUGACGGCUGGGGCAGUUAUAAGUCUGGUGUUUGCAGGAAUUCUUUGUUUGUUUUGCAAAAAGAGGAAAAGGUUGGUACGCCAAGGUCUUUCAAAGACAUGGAUUCCUCUGUCUAUUAGUGGAGGACAAUCUCAUACUAUGGGUAGUAAAUAUUCGAAUGGAACAACAGUUAGCAUCAAUUCCAAUUUGGGAUAUCGGAUUCCAUUUGCAGCGGUUCAAGAAGCCACAAACAACUUCGACGAGAGUUGGGUUAUUGGUAUCGGAGGUUUUGGGAAGGUGUACAAGGGAGAACUAAAUGAUGGUACAAAAGUGGCCGUUAAAAGAGGAAAUCCGCGAUCUCAACAGGGUCUAGCAGAAUUCCAGACUGAAAUUGAGAUGCUAUCCCAGUUCCGACAUCGCCAUUUAGUGUCAUUAAUAGGCUACUGUGAUGAGAAAAAUGAGAUGAUCUUAAUUUAUGAAUACAUGGAGAAUGGGACUCUAAAGGGUCAUCUCUAUGGCUCGGGUAAUCCCAGCAUGAGUUGGAAGCAGAGACUUGAGAUAUGUAUUGGAUCAGCUAGGGGCCUUCACUACCUCCACACUGGCUAUGCUAAAGCAGUCAUUCACCGUGAUGUUAAGUCGGCAAACAUCUUGCUCGAUGAGAAUCUCAUGGCCAAAGUUGCUGAUUUCGGGCUUUCAAAGACGGGACCUGAAAUUGAUCAGACCCAUGUGAGUACAGCUGUGAAGGGUAGUUUUGGUUACCUCGAUCCUGAAUAUUUUAGACGGCAACAACUGACAGAAAAAUCGGAUGUGUAUUCGUUUGGGGUUGUUUUGUUUGAAGUUCUUUGCGCGAGACCUGUCAUAGAUCCAACCCUUCCAAGGGAAAUGGUGAACUUAGCGGAAUGGGCGAUGAAAUGGCAGAAGAAGGGACAGUUGGAUCAGAUAAUAGAUUCUACGCUUGCUGGCAAAAUACGAGCAGAUUCACUUAGAAAAUUCGGGGAAACUGCUGAGAAAUGCUUAGCGGAUUACGGGGUGGACAGACCUUCCAUGGGAGAUGUAUUAUGGAAUCUUGAGUAUGCUCUUCAGCUUCAAGAGGUGGUUAUUCCAGGAGAGCCUGACGAAAACAGUACAAAUAUGAUCGGCGAGCUCUCUCCACAAAUCAACAACUUCAGCAAUGUUGAUAACAGUGUUUCCGUUGCGCCAUUCGAAGAUUCGAGUAAUAGCGUUGAUGACAUGUCGGGAAUUUCAAUGAGUAAGGUAUUUUCGCAGCUGGUGAAGUCAGAAGGACGAUAACCUGUGAGAAUUGCAUGUUUGAUUGGUUACAUUUCUCAGAUCACAAAAAGAAAAACGAAGACUAGUUGCUCAAUAUAUCAUCCUUCGAUCGGGUGUUGGAACAGCUACUCCAAAUUGUUUAUGGCAUACAGGACGAAGUUCACUCUUUUGUACAGAAGGAAUGAUGUUUCUUCAAAAGUGAGUUUUAGGAAAUACUGAUAAGAAUAUUGCUUUGAAUUUGUAGCUUGUUUUGUGUCUAUUUAUAGUUAUGCAUGAAUCAUUUACUUGUUUCAACAACAUUUAUUUCUAUAUUUGAAAAUGAUUGUCUGGUUUGCUUUUA